AUGAUGCUAUAUUCUAAUGGUCUUUCAAACAAAUUUUUCAAUUCUGCAAAUUACCCAGAACAAGCUAAGACAGGAAGUCAACUGCGAAAUAAUGUUAUUCAGGAGGAUAUAGACACUUCAGUACCAAACGGUUUUGUUAAUUUAAUUGAUCGCACCGAAUGCUACACAGAAACCAAUUUUAAGUUUCUUUUAAAUUACUUAACUGUAUACUUUGAAAUUUCAGCAACGAACGAUCCUUUACCACACUCAAGCACUUCUCAUGAAGCUUAUGACCGCCGUCAGACUCUUAGAAGUAUAUACUCUAAAAAACAUUCAGCUGCAACACCAAAUAUCAAAGAUCGUUCCACUGUCAAACCAUCAUUCUUUCCUUCAUUACCACUAAAAUUGUUAGAAAAACGACGACCUCUACGAGGCACCACUUUUUUAAAAGAAUUUAUUUCACUGUUGGUAUACAACCAGGGGAGAACACCAGAGCAAGAAAAAAUUGAUGACUUACAAGAGGAACUUCAAGGCAUUAAACGUAAUCAUGCAGCCGUGAUGAAAGAAAAUGUUGUGCUGAAAACCCGUUUAAAACGUUUAGGCAAUGAAAUAGUUCGAAAAGAUCGUCAACUGCAAAAUUUGCUUUUUAUGCAAUCUAUAGUGUUUACACGUGAUCAAGAGAAGAAUGUAGUGGAAAUGAAACAAAAAAUUGUCGUCCUGGAAUCACUUUUAAAGGAAAAAGAUAAUGAAAUAAGCAAACUGAAAGCUGAUAACGAAGAAAUAAAAUUACCCGAAUAUCAUGAAAAGACUUCGACUCUUAAAUCAGAGUAUAAUCGUCCAAAACGUUAUCUCAGCCAUAUUACUACUCCAUCUCUUAGUAAAUUACGUUCUGAUAUCCGUGGAUCACCAAGAAGGCAAAGCACAAUGUCGGAAAGUUAUACCGUUAAAAAAUACAAGAAAACGAUUGACCUUUUGGAAAAAGAAAAUGAUAGAAUACGUACAAAGUUACAGAUUUUCUGUAACAUUUCAAGUGCCUCACGUAAUGGUAAUGAACUAGCUACAAUGAAGCGUGAUGAACUUAUCGCGUUGGUUAUAUAUCUGAAAUCUCAAUUAAAAAAGAAGGAAAUACGCGAGAACAAUCGUAAUACGAGAAAUGGACAAUCUCGAAAAAUGGAUCUUCCAAUAUUAAAUGAUCAAAGAUUAGUAUCGAUGAAGAAUGAACAAGAAAAAGUCACAGCGAAGCUCAAGUCUAAAAAAAGGAUAAAUGAGCAUUUACCGAAACAUGAAAUGACUGUCAACCAAAAUAGUGCUAAUAUCUCUCAUACUUGUACGAAGUCAAAAAAUGACAGUGAGCAGAUAAAAUCAACGACAAUAAUGAAAAUCCAUUCGGCUGAUGAAUUAAAUGAGCAAAAUAAGGAUGAAGUUGAUAUGAAUGCAUUGUCCGAAAUUAUAGUACCAUCGCUUGGAAAAUUUGAGGCAAAUGAUGUUAUCGAAAAUCUGAAAAGUGCAUCAAACGAAAUAGAUAUGGCAGUAGAAAUGGAAAAAAUAUUGGAUAGUUCAUCUGAGGAAUUAGAAAAUCAUCAAUUUGAAGAGGCAGAAAAUGCAAAGAAAAUUGAAGACGAAGAAGAGCGAAAAAUAGAAAUGCGAAAGGAUCGCGCAGCUCGUAUUAUACAAAGAAAUUGGAAAUUAUACUUGCAAAAUAUGAAUGGUACUACAAGUGAAUGGCAAGUUAAGAAGUCUGAAAGCAAGGAUUACCUGAUUGAGGAGAGAAGCUUAGCAGAAGAACACAUUACAGAUGCAAGUGGACCAGCAAGUUCAGAUGAGAAGAAGAGUGGAUGCAGCAAUACUCAGGAAUGUUUUCAAGAAGAAAAAGCAUUUAUUGAGUUGCAGAAGCCACUGUCACAGACAGCUAGCAUAGAAACAACUGAAUUGCAAGAAGAAGUCAUGUCUAAUUUUCUUUUCCAAACAAUACUAAAAACAACAUUGGCACAUUUAAAACGUUUGGAACUUUUGUCUGAUAAAGCCAACUACUGUUCAUGGUUAUUUUAA